AUGAAAGUCUCAACUCUCAGGGAAGGCACAGCCAUGGCUUCCCCGCCGCCCCGGGAGAUGGAGGAGGAGCUGGUGCCCACUGGCUCUGAGCCAGGUGACCCUCGGGCCAAACCCCCCAUCAAGCCCAAACCCCGGACCCUACCCACCAAGCCAGCCCUGCCUGCCAAGCCCAGCCUGCUGGUGCCCGUAGGGCCUCGGCCCCCGCGGGGCCCGCUGGCUGAGCUGCCUUCUGCCCGGAAGAUGAACAUGCUGGCAGGACCCCAGCCCUAUGGUGGCAGCAAGCGUCCCCUCCCCUUUGCACCAAGGCCUACUGCCGAGGCCCCUGAUGGAGGAGAAGCAACUCGAGAGACUGGGAAGGAGGAGGCUGGCAAAGAGGAGGUGCCCCCCUUGACCCCUCCAGCGAGGUGUGCUGCUGUGGGUGGCGUACGGAAGGCCCCGGCCCCCUUCCGCCCAGCCUCAGAGCGCUUUGCAGCCACCACGGUGGAAGAGAUCCUGGCCAAGAUGGAACAGCCUCGGAAGGAGGUCCCUACCAGCCCUGACCGCCUCUGGGGCUCCCGCCUAACCUUCAACCACGAUGGUAGUUCACGUUAUGGCCCCAGGACCUACGGCAUGGCUACCAGCCCCAGGGAUGAGGAUGGCGGGACCCUUUCCAGGGGAUGGUCCCAGGAGGGGCCCCUGAAGUCUCCAACAGAGAGUCAGGAAGAGCACAGCAAGAGCCCUGAGGGGAGGAGCCCCCCUUCUGACCUGGCCUUCAACGGGGACCUGCCCCAGCCAGCCAGCUCUGGGCCAUCUGCUGACGUUCCCAAGCAUCGGGUCCCCUCUAGUCUAGGCCCCUCCUCAGAGAAUGGAGGCUGCACCAGCCUUGGCCUCACCAUCGACGUCUCAGACCCUGUACCUGGGUCUCCCCAUCUUCACUCACCUGAUGCGAGCCCUCCCCGCCCCUCUCAGCUUCCAGAAGCUCAGAGUCCUACAGAGCCCGGGGCUUCUCCCUGCCUCCCGGUGACUCCGGCAUCCCCAAGUCCAGUCCUGCUGGACGAGGGCUCCUGUCAGCCCCCUGACCUGGGGCUCCCUGCUGAGGGAGCCCCAGAGGCCCUAAGGCCCUGCAGCCCUCCCCUGGAGAAGGUCUCUGGUCACCACAGCCUGGAGCAGCCCCCGGCCACCCCCCCCCGGCCUCUGAUCGAGGAGGGUGAGUUCCUGGACCUCACACAGACGUUUCCAUCUGAGGGGCAGGUGGCGGCUGAGGGUCAUCCAGACCUCCACGCUACCAGCCUAGCUCAGCGCCGGUUCUCCGAAGGUGUGCUGCGACCGCCUGGCCAGGACCAGGAGAAGCUGGGGGGCUCUCUGGCUGCCCUGCCUCAAACCCAGGGGAGCCAGUCGGCCCUCGAUCGGCCUUUUGGGAGUGGCACAGAGUCCAACUGGAGCCUGUCACAGUCGUUUGAGUGGACUUUCCCCACGAGGCCCUUGGGCGUGGGCUUGUGUCGGCUGGACUCCCCGCCCCCGUCCCCCAUCACGGAAGCCCCUGAGGCCGCCGAGGCCGCUGCUGAGGCUGGUGACUCCAUUGCAUCCAAUGAAGAGGAAGGCGUGUCUGAGCAGGGCUCAGGGGCAUGGGCAGCCCCAGAGGGGCCGGGAAGGCCGAGUUCCUGGCUGCAGGCAGAUGACCCUGCAAUCUCCCCAACCCAGAAGGGCCAUGGAGAGAGUCAACCCCAAUCUGCAGCUGUUGCCUUUGAGCCCCUGCCUACAGCGGGGAUCCCACCUGGGUCAGCUACCUUGCUGCAGGCUGAGGAGAGGGAUGAGGAGCGGGGGCUCCUGGCUGGACAGGAGUCCCCUCUUCCUCCAGCCACCAGGGAGGCAGCCUUGCCCAUCCUGGAGCCCAUCCGGGGGCAGCAGCAGCCAGCACCCUCUGAUCAGCCCUGUGUCCUCUUUGCUGACACCUGUCACCCCGGGCAGGCGUUGCCUUCUGAGGAGGAGGCAGUGACCCUGGCCCGGGCUGAGACCACCCAACCCAGGACAGAGGCUCAAGACCCCUACAGGGCCUCCCCAGAGCCAGUGAGCCCUGGGAACAGUUCCCGCUGGCUGGAUGACCUCUUGGCUUCUCCGCCACCCAGUGCUGGCAGUGCGAGGCGGGGAGGUGGAUCUGAGCUGAAGGACGUGCAGACCCCCGGCACCUGCUCUGAGGGACUCCUGGGCUGGGCCCAGAAAGAUCUGCAGAGUGAAUUUGGGAUUGCAGCGGACCCACAGCCCAGCAGUUUCAGCCCUUCCAGCUGGUCCCAAGAUGCUUCCCAAGACUAUGGCCUUGGGGGUGUGAGCCCUGGAGGAGACCCGGGCCUUGGAGAGAGCAGCUGGACCAGCAAGUAUGGGCAAGGAGCGGGGGAAGGGAGCACCAGGGAGUGGGCCAGCAGGUGUGGCAUCGGCCAGGAGGAGAUGGAGGCUGGCAGUGGAGACAGGAGGGAGGCGUCCCAGGACUGGAUAACCGGGAAGCCAAACCCACUUGGCACUCUGCAGAACCCAGAGUCUGCUGCACAGGACUGGGAGUUCAGAAGGAGGGACUCCCAGGGCACUUACUCCAGCCGGGAUGCAAGUCUUCGGGACUGGGAAUUUGGGAAGAGAGAUUCUCUGGGCGUGUACACCAGCCAGGUUGCAGAUGAGCAGGGCCAGGAAUUGGGGAAGAAGGAGCCGCUUGGCCGUUACAGCAGCCAGGAUGGAGGUGAGCAUGACCAGGAGUUUGAAGAGAGAGAUGCUGCACUCGGUGCCUUCGGCAGCCAGGAUGCCGAGCAGCAGGGCCAGGGCUUCGGGCAGAGCACCUGGAUGAGUGACUACAGCAGUGGCAGCAGCUCUACCCUCCUCGGCUCCCAGGACAGAGGCUUCAGCACGAGAGCCCUGAGUGCUGGGUUCAGCCCCGAGGAAGCCCAGCAGCAGGAUGAGGAAUUUGAGAAAAAGAUUCCGAGUGGCGGAGACGGCCUUGGCGAGGCUGGCAGGGAUGCAAACCAGCCAGAAGAGAGAGAGCCAGGGGGCCUGUUCAGCCCCAGCACCCCCCAGUCACAGGAUGGGGCACUUGGGCAGACAGAGCAAGGCAGUGAUGCCACCCAGGAGGUCGAAGGGCUGCAGGGCAGACAGCAGGCAGGGGGCCAGAGCCCUGGUGAUGCUGACCUGGAGGAUAGGGAGACCGGGAAGCGAGGCUGGGCCACUGAGUUCAGCCUCAGAGUUGACUCGCAGCUGGAGACCACAUUCAGCCCGGGGCGGCCAGACUGGAGUGAUGAUUUCUGCAUUGAGGGCACGGAGAGGAGCCACCAGUUUGGCAUCAUCGGCAAUGACAGAGCUAGUGGUGCUGGCCUGAGCCCUUCCGGCAAGAUGGGAGGUGGCCACUUUGUGCCUCCUGGGAAGAACACAGCCAGGCCUGUGGAUUGGACUGACCAGCUAGGCCUCAGGAACCUGGAAGUGUCCACCUGUUUGGGUGCCAGGGGCUUGAGUGAGGCCAGGGAGAAUGCCGUGGGACAGAUGGGCUGGUCAGACAACCUGGGCUUGAGGGACAUGGACCUGGCUAGCCGUUUGGAGACUGGGGGUUCCGAAGAGCCCAGGGGAAUCAGAGUUGGGGAGGAGGACUGGACUUCUGAUGUCGGGGUGAGGAGCAGAGAUUUUUCAGGGGUGGGGGAGGUAGGAAGCCACAGUCAGGCCAGGGAGAGUGGUGUGGGGCAGACCGACUGGUCAGGCGUGGAAGCCGGAGAGUUCUUUAAGGCAAGGGAGCAUGGAGUGGGACAGGCAGACUGGACACCUGACUUCGGGCUGAGGAACAUGGCCUCAGGGGUAGGCUGCAGCCCUGGAGAGCCCCGACAGCUUGGGGUGGGCCAGAUGGACUGGGGCAACAAUCUGGGCCUGAGGAAUUUGGAGGUGUCUUGUGACCUGGAGUCAGGAGGGUCCCCUGAGCCCCGAGGAUGUGGAGUGGGGCAGAUGGACUGGGCCCAGGACUUGGGUCUGCGGAACGUGGAGCUCUCGGGGGGCCCGAGUGAAGCCAGGGAGCAUGGGGUGGGCGAGGUUGACCAGUGCCCAGAACUAGACCUUAGGAACAAUGGGGGCUUAUCCCCAGACCUGGAGGCCAGAGACCCCUCAGAGGCCAGGGAACUGGGAGUCGGCGAGACAAGUGGACCAGAGACCCCUGGUGAGGAAGACUCCUCACCUUCCUCAGAGUCCUGCCGCCCUGAAGACCUUGGGAUGGAGAUGGGAGAUGUCUCAGGCUUUGGAGACAGCCCUGGCAGGUGCCCUGCCCGCUCCCCACCCUCUGGCUCUCAGGGCCUGCUGGAGGAGAUGGUGGCUGCCCACAGCUCCAAGGCAGUGGCCCACAGGGAGUCGGCGGCCUCGGCCCUUGGGCGCCUGUCGCAGGAGGGAGAAGCCAUAGCUGUUGCUGACCAAGGGGAGCCUCUGGAGCAUGGCAAGGACCCUUUGCCCUCUUGGAGGCCCCAGCCUGAUGGUGAAGCCAGCCGGACAGAGGAGGUGGACGGCGGCUGGGACCCCCCAGGGCCUGGGCAGGGCGAGCAGGGGCCGGUACAGCCUCCUCAGAGGCCCCCCCAGUGCCUGCCCCCCAGCUCCCUGAGUCAGGACUUCUCCUUCAUUGAGGACACCGAGAUCCUCGACAGUGCCAUGUAUCGGAGCCGUGCCAACCUGGGGCGCAAGCGUGGGCACCGGGCCCCAGCCAUCCGGCCCGGUGGCACCCUGGGUCUGUCGGAGGCAGCGGACUCGGAUGCACGCCUGUUCCAGGACUCUACAGAGCCACGGCCUUCCCGGGUGCCAUCAUCCGAUGAGGAGGUGGUGGAGGAGCCUCAGAGCCGCCGAACACGGAUGUCCUUGGGCACCAAGGGGCUGAAAGUCAACCUCUUUCCUGGCCUGAGCCCAUCUGCCCUGAAGGCUAAGCUGCGCACCCGGAACCGCUCAGCUGAGGAGGGGGAGCCGGCAGAGAGCAAGUCAACCCAGAAGGAGUCUGCGGUCCAGCGCUCCAAGUCCUGCAAAGUCCCUGGCCUGGGGAAGCCCCUCACAUUACCUCCCAAGCCAGAGAAAUCCUCAGGGUCAGAAGGAUCAUCACCCAACUGGCUGCAAGCCCUGAAGCUGAAGAAGAAGAAGGUCUGA